AUGCGACUGAGAGCGAUCAUGGGCACCCUGAAGGACGGCGCCGCCCUCCUCUCAUCGGCGGCGCCAACCUCCGCCGCCGCCGCCGUCCUCCGCGCCACCGCCCACAGGUCCUCCUCGGAGGCGGCGCCCAAGAAACAUCUCGAUGGGCUCCUCAGAUUCGGGAGCGGGUCCCGGCCGACAGCCGCCGCGCUCGUCGGCGCCCUCCUCUCCCGCCUCUCCGGAACCCGCGACCCCGCCGUCGCCAUCAAGUGCCUCGUUUCCAUCCACUACGUGGCGCGCCGCGGUAGCUUCAUCCUCCGGGACCAGCUCCUGGCGGCGCUCCAGCUGCCACCCUCCGUCGGCGGCCGCAACCCGCUCAACCUCUCCGGGUUCGUCGACCGAUCCGCAACCGACUGGUGGGCUCUCUCCCGCCUGGCUCGGUGGCUCGCCCGAGUCAUCGAGCACCUCCUCGCCUUCCACCGCGCUGCCGGGUUCUUCCCCUACGAAGGCGGCGGCGGCCGACCGAGAGCGGAGCAGGAGGAGAGAGCGGCGGCGUUGCCCAACGGACAGGUGCUGGAGGAGAUGGAGGCGCUGGUGGGGCUCGUCGAGGAGAUACGCGGCGAGCCAGACGUGAGCCACGUGACAGGCAAAAGGCUGGCGGCGCAGGUGGCGGCGCUGGUGAGGGAGGAAACGGCGGCGGCCAGAGAGGAGAUCCUAGUGAGGAUGAAGGAGAUGGGGGAGAGAUUGGACUGCCUCGUAUUUGGGGAAGCCGUACGGUUGACCUGCCUGGUCAAACGGCUGGAGACCUGUAAGAGAUCAACGGCGGCAGCGGCGCCGCCGCCGGCGGCCGUGGAGAUUCUGGAGCUGUCCGAGGGCGAUUGGUAUCUCUGGGAGGCAGUGGCGUCGGUGAAGGCCAGGAUUCCGGCGGCGGCGGGGGAGGACGUCAAAGGAGAUCAACUAAGAAGGGAGAGAAUCAGCGCGUCGGCCCGGAUUGGGGAUCGUCCUCCUUCCCUGGCGAGUUCCUUCGACUCGGUCCGGUUCAGCUCGACUCGGUGGCCCGCCAACUGA